GGAGCCCCGCGCCGCGCGGCUGCCAAAGCCAUUGUGCAUCGCAGCCGUCGGUGGGGCCCGCACAGCGUUCCGAUCGCGAUGGCCGCUUGGCUCUGACCCAUCCAAAUCUCCACCCGAGUGAUGCUGGAACCGGGCUCUGGGAGCGGCCACGAGGAUGCCUGAGGUGCUGAGCUCCUCCUGCCUGCUGCUCUCCCUGCUCACCCUGCACUGGGCUUGCCUCCAACCCGGCCGAGCUUUCCCCAGCAGCUCUGAGUACCUGCAGCGGGGCUGGCAGCGGCUGCUGGAGGAGGGUGAGGGCUGUGCCGAGUGCCGGCCAGAGGAGUGCCCGGUGCCGCGCGGCUGCCUGGCCGGCACGGUGCGGGACGCCUGUGACUGCUGCUGGGAGUGCGCCAAUCUGGAGGGACAGAUCUGUGACCUGGACAACACCAACCACUUCUAUGGCAAAUGUGGGGAGCACCUGGAAUGCCAGCUGGAGGCUGCAGACCUGCAGCGUGGCGAGGUGCCUGAGCCCCAGUGCGUCUGCCUCUCGCACCAGGCGCUGUGCGGCUCCGACGGGCGCACCUACCCCCAGAUCUGCCGCUUCCUCGAGUCUGCCCGUGCCCACCCCGAUGCCAACCUCACCGUGGUCCAUGAGGGUCCCUGCGAGGCAGGUAAGCCUCAAAUCACCUCCCCUCCUUAUGAUGUGUGGAAUGUCACUGGCCAGGACAUCAUCUUUGGCUGCGAGGUCUUUGCCUACCCCAUGGCGUCCAUCGAGUGGAGGAAGGAUGGCACAGAGAUGCUGCUGCCAGGAGAUGACCCCCACAUCUCUGUCCAGUUCAGAGGUGGCCCCCAGAAGUACGAGGUGACCGGCUGGCUGCAGAUCCAGGGCGUGCGGGUGACAGAUGAGGGCACGUACCGCUGCUUCGCCAGGAACAGGGUCGGGGCUGUGAUGGCAGUGGCCAGCCUGACUGUCCUCACUCCAGACCAGCUCAACCUGACGGGCUUGUCCUUGCCGGAACCCCGUGCCGUGCCUGAGGACUACGUGGACAGCGAGGAGGAGUACUACUAGCCCAGCUGCGGAGCUUGGCACUGAGCAGCACUCGCCCCAUGGUGCUUUGGGGUCAGGGAUGGAUCCAGAGCACACACCCCAGCCCUGAACAACUCUCUGAACACCUCUGUUUUGGGCUGGAGACAGAGAAUCAGAGAAUGGCCUGGAUUGGAAGGGACCUCAAGGAUCAUGAAUCUCCAACCCCUC